UUUGUGAAAGACUGAUCAUUCUCUCAUCCCACAGGAAUAACAGCUGGGUUGUCCUUGUACAAAAUGUGGUAUCCACCUGCACUUCAUUAGAGAGCUGCUUUUUUAUACAUGCCACACCACAAGAUUACCAUGAUGACAUAGCAGCUUCAGAGUACAGCGUGACUAGGGCUUUUUUUUUUUUUUUUUUUCUCUUGUAACACAGAGGAUCUGGCAGACUUUUGCCUCCUGACACUGUUUACAGCAUAUAUUGGUUGAUACAGUCCCUUAUCGCAUCUGCUCUGGGAAUUAAGGAAAGCAGCUACAAGGCAGUAAGGGACAAGACGUGUUACAAAGAUGACUUUAAACUCCCUACCUGUCUUUCUAUUAUUGAUUAGUGGUAUUUUUUGUAUGUAUGACUAUGGUCCUGCAGAUGAUUAUGGUUAUGAUCCUUUUGGGCCAUCCUCUGCAGUCUGUGCCCCAGAAUGUAAUUGUCCUUUAAGCUACCCUACUGCCAUGUAUUGUGACAAUCUUAAAUUGAAAACCAUCCCAAUUGUACCAAGUGGAAUAAAAUACCUUUAUCUUCGAAACAAUAUGAUUGAGGGCAUUGAAGAGGGUACAUUUGAUAAUGUAACAGACCUACAGUGGCUGAUCUUGGAUCACAAUCACUUGGAAAAUUCAAAAAUUAAGGGAAGAGUCUUCUCUAAACUAAAGCAUCUGAAGAAACUUCACAUCAACUACAACAAUUUGACUGAAGCUGUUGGACCACUCCCCAAAACUCUGGAUGACCUCCAGUUAAGUCACAACAAGAUCACAAAAGUCAAUCCCGGUGCACUUGAGGGGCUGGUGAAUUUGACUGUCAUUCACCUCCAGAACAACCAACUGAAAGCAGAUUCUAUUUCUGGGGCUUUUAAAGGCCUGAAUUCACUUUUGUAUCUUGACUUAAGCUUCAAUCAACUUACAAAGCUACCAACAGGACUGCCUCACUCUUUACUCAUGCUGUAUUUUGAUAACAACCAGAUCUCCAAUGUUCCUGAUGAGUACUUCCAAGGUUUUAAAGCCCUGCAAUAUUUGCGUUUAUCCCACAACAAAUUAACAGAUUCUGGAAUACCAGGCAAUGUCUUCAAUAUCACAUCAUUGGUGGAGUUGGAUCUCUCCUUCAAUCAGCUGAAGAGCAUUCCAACCGUCAGUGAGAACCUUGAAAACUUCUACCUCCAAGUCAACAAAAUUAACAGUGAGUUAAAAUUGUAUAUUGUCAUUAAUACUUACCACAAUCUAAACAUUGAUGGCAAAUGA